AAAAUUAUUUAAAGACUAAAUUUUAAAGCACCCAGCUAAUAUGGCAACUUUGGAUUUAUCUAUAUUUCAAGAUGCAGCACCUUACUUGCGAAUGUCUCAGGAGGAAAUGCUGAAAUUGCAAACGCAAAAACCAGAUGGUAAAAAAUAUGCCUGGGUUCCAGACAAGGAAAAAUGUUAUUUGAAAGGGGAGGUUCUUGGUAUUGAUGGAGGAAAGGCGAAACUGAAGACAAGCGACGACGGAAAGGAGGUAACUGUCAAAGAAGAUGAUCUCCAACUGAUGAAUCCACCGCGAUACAACAAAUGCGAAGACAUGGUAAACAUGACCCACUUGAACGAAGCCAGCGUACUCAACAAUCUCAAAGAAAGAUACGAAGCUUUCAUGAUUUACACAUACUCCGGUCUUUUCUGCGUCACUGUGAACCCGUACAAGAUGUUGCCUGCAUACGCCCCAUACGUUAUCAACGCUUACAAGGGAAAGAGACGAACUGAAAUGCCUCCUCACUUGUAUUCCAUUGCCGAUAACGCUUAUACCGAGAUGUUGAUGAACCGAGAAAAUCAAUCUAUGUUGAUUACUGGAGAAUCUGGAGCUGGUAAAACAGUGAACACUAAGAAAGUUAUUCAGUAUUUUGCGUUGGUGGCUGCUGACGGAAAUGCAGGUGGAAAUGAUGAUAAGGGAACACUUGAAGAUCAAAUCGUCCAAUGCAACCCUGCUAUGGAAGCGUUUGGUAACGCGAAGACUGUAAGGAAUGACAACUCCUCUCGUUUUGGAAAAUUCAUCCGAAUUCACUUUGGAAGUACCGGAAGCCUUGCAUCUGGAGAUAUUGAGCAUUAUCUUCUUGAAAAAUCUCGUGUCAUUUGGCAACAAGGUGGCGAGAGAAACUACCAUAUCUUUUAUCAGCUCAUCUCUGGAUCAAAACCUGAACUCAUCGAUCAACUGCUUCUUACGAAGGACCCUUAUGACUAUAAAUCCAUCAGUCAGGGAGUGGUUACCGUCAACAAUCUCGAUGACGGAGAAGAAUUGAUUUUGACUGACGAUGCAUUCAAAGUUCUUGGUUUUACACCCGAGGAAAUUAGUGGAAUCUAUCGAAUCAUGGCUGGUAUUAUGCAUCAACAAAACAUGAAGUUCAAAAACAAGCAACGUGAAGAACAAGCUGAACCUGAUGGCACAGAAGAUGCCGACAAAGUUGCAUAUUUGUUCGGUAUGAACUCUGCCGAUUUUCUCAAGUACUUGUGCCAUCCACGCGUGAAAGUUGGAAACGAAUACGUAACAAAAGGACAAACUGUCCCUCAAGUUACCUAUGGUAUUGGUGGAUUGAGUAAAGGUGUUUUUGAAAAACAUUUCAACUGGUUGGUCAAAAUCAUCAACAACAGUCUCAGCACUAAACUGCCAAGAAGUUACUUCAUUGGUGUACUCGAUAUUGCUGGUUUUGAAAUCUUUGAUUUCAACAGCUUCGAGCAACUUUGCAUUAACUUCACCAAUGAAAAAUUGCAACAAUUUUUCAACCAUCACAUGUUCGUUCUUGAACAAGAAGAAUACAAGAAAGAAGGAAUUGAUUGGGUUUUUAUUGAUUUCGGUAUGGACUUGGCUGCGUGUAUCGAACUUAUCGAAAAGCCUCUUGGAAUCAUGUCCAUCCUCGAAGAAGAAUGCAUGUUCCCGAAAGCCACUGACAAGUCGUUCAUGGACAAAUUGUACCAAAAUCAUUUGGGCAAAACAAAAGCAUUCGGAAAGCCAAUUAAGAAAACAAAAUUCGAAUCUCACUUUGAACUUCACCAUUACGCUGGAACUGUCGGAUACAGCAUCACUGACUGGCUUGAGAAGAACAAGGAACCAUUGAACAACAGCGUUGUAGAUCUGUAUAAAAAGUCAUCUUUGAAACUUAUGCAAACUAUCUGGGAAGGAUAUUUGAGCCCAGAGGAAGCAGCUGCAGCAGCAAAGUCUGGUGGCAAAAGAAAAAAGGGAGGUUCUUUCAACACUGUAUCUUCCAUGCAUAGAGAGAGCUUGAACAAACUCAUGACAAAUCUGAGAUCCACCGCCCCACAUUUCGUCCGUUGUAUCGUUCCCAACGAAACAAAAACUCCAGGAGUUAUGGAUCCUCACGUCGUUUUACAUCAGCUUCGUUGUAAUGGUGUGUUGGAAGGUAUUCGUAUUUGCCGCAAAGGUUUCCCUAACAGACUUCCUUAUGGUGAUUUCAAGCAAAGAUAUCGUAUCCUAAAUCCAAAUGCCGUUCCCGAUGGUCAGUUCUUGGACAGCAAGAAGGCUUCUGAAAAGAUUCUCACAUCCCUUGAGGGAAUCGACCACGAAAAAUACAAGUUAGGUCAUACUAAGGUUUUCUUUCGUGCUGGUAUGUUAGGUGUUUUGGAAGAACUUCGUGACAACAAAUUAUCUUCGAUCUUCAAACUUAUUCAAGCUCGUAUGCGCGGUAAAUUGAUGAGAAUUGAAUACAACAAACUUAUUGAAAGAAGAGUUGCAGUUAGAGUUCUUCAAUCUAACCUUCGUGCUUUCUUUGGUGUACGUGACUGGGAAUGGAUGAAACUGAUGUUCAAGAUCAAGCCACUCCUCCAAACUGCUGAAGCAGCUAAAGAACUUGAACAACUGGAAGCCGAAAAUGAAGAACUCAAAAUCAACUUGGAAAAAGAGUCAAAGAGACGAAAAGAACUUGAAGAGUCUCAAGUAUCUCUCAUUCAAGAGAAGAAUGAUUUGGUUUUGCAGUUGCAAUCUGAACAAGAUAGAAUCGACGAUGCAGAAGAUCGUUGUGAUCAACUUAUCAGGACAAAAGUUGAAUUAGACGGAAAAAUCAAGGAAACACAAGAAAGACUCGAAGAUGAAGAAGAAUUAAACAACGAAUUGGUUUCAAAGAAACGCAAGCUAGAAGAUGAAUGCUCUGAAUUAAAGAAGGAUAUCGAUGAUCUUGAAAUAACUCUUGCUAAAGUGGAAAAAGAAAAACAUGCAACUGAAAAUAAGUUGAAAAACUUGCAAGAAGAACUCGCAUCACAAGAUGAACUGAUUGCAAAACUUCAAAAAGAGAAGAAAGCACUUCAAGAAGCACAUCAACAAACAUUGGAUGAUUUACAAGGGGAGGAAGACAAAGUCAACAGUCUCACUAAGCAAAAAGCAAAACUUGAACAACAAGUUGAUGAUCUUGAAGCAUCUCUCGAACAAGAAAAGAAACUCCGAAUGGAUCUGGAGCGAACUAAGAGAAAGUUGGAAGGAGAUUUGAGACUUACUCAAGAAACAGUCAUGGAUCUUGAAAAUGAUAAGCAGAGAUUGGAAGAGAAAUUGAAGAAGCAAGAAUUUGAAUAUAAUCAACUCGCAACCAAACUUGAAGAUGAACAAGCACUUGUUAUGCAACUUCAAAAGAAAAUCAAAGAACUUCAAGCUCGCAUUGAGGAACUAGAAGAAGAACUCGAAGCUGAACGUGCAGCAAGAGCAAAGGUUGAAAAGCAAAGAGCUGAUCUUUCUCGAGAGUUGGAAGAAUUAAGUGAACGACUUGAAGAGGCAGGCGGUGCCACUGCUGCACAGCUGGAACUGAACAAACGUCGUGAAGCUGAAUUUUCAAAACUUCGCCGCGAGUUUGAGGAAUCUAAUCUUUCCCACGAGGCAACAGUUUCAACAUUACGUAAGAAACAUGCUGAUUCAAGUGCUGAAAUGAGCGAACAAGUCGAUAAUUUACAAAGAGUCAAACAGAAAUUGGAAAAAGAAAAGAGCGAAAUGAAAAUGGAAAUUGAUGAUCUCGCUGCUAACGUUGAAAGCGUAACGAAAGCGAAGCUCAAUUACGAAAAAAUGUCGCGCAAUCUUGAGGAGCAAUAUGGUGAAGCAAAGGCAAAGUGCGACAAUUUAACGAAAGAAGUUAACGAAUUGAACGCGGCUAAAGCACGAUUUGCGUCAGAAAAUGGUGAAUUAUCCCGCCAACUUGAAGAACGUGAACAUUUGAUGGCUCAACUGACAAGAACCAAGAACAGUUCAUCACAACAAAUCGAAGAACUCAAGCGAGUCGUUGAAGAAGAAGCCAAAGCGAAGGCUGCUUUCGCACAUUCUGUACAAGCUUCAAGACACGACAAUGACCUUCUUCGUGAACAAUAUGAAGAAGAACAAGAAGCAAAGGCUGAACUUCAACGAGCUUUGUCAAAAGCAAACGCCGAAGUUGCACAAUGGAGAAACAAAUAUGAAACCGACGCAAUUCAGAGAACUGAAGAAUUAGAGGAGGCAAAAAAAAAGUUGGCCACCCGCUUGCAAGAAGCCGAAGAACAAGUUGAAGCAACGCAAGCAAAAUGUGCAAGUCUUGAAAAAACAAAGAACCGUCUCCAAGGGGAAUUGGAAGAUCUUACGAUCGACCUCGAGAGAUCAAACUCAGCUGCUGCAGCAUUAGACAAGAAGCAAAGAAACUUUGAUAAGAUUCUUGCUGAGCACAAACAAAAAGAAGAAGAAUUGCAAGUCGAUUUAGAACAAGCACAAAAGGAAGCCCGUGGUUUGUCAACUGAAUUGUUCAAAAUGAAAAACGCUUAUGAAGAAUCCCUUGAUGCUCUGGAAACAGUCAAACGAGAAAAUAAGAAUCUCCAGGAAGAAAUUGCAGAUCUUACUGACCAACUAGGAGAAGGCGGAAAAAGCAUUCACGAACUUGAGAAGGCGAAGAGAACUUUGGAACAUGAACGAAAUGAAAUACAGGCCGCUCUGGAGGAAGCAGAAGGUGCCAUUGAAGGUGAAGAAUCAAAGGUUCUUCGUUUACAAGUAGAAAUGGCUCAAAUUAAACAAGACUUUGAAAGAAGACUGAGUGAAAAAGAAGAAGAAAUUGAUAGCCAAAGACGUAACCAGCAAAGAUCUCUUGAAUCUAUGCAAACUACUCUGGAUUCUGAAAGCAAAGCAAGGCAAGAAGCAGUUCGUAUGAAGAAGAAGAUGGAAGGAGAUCUCAACGAUCUUGAAAUUCAACUCGGACAUUCUACCCGACAAGCUACUGAUUCCCAGAAAGCAGUUAAAGCUGCUCAAGCCCAUGUCAAAGAUUUGGAAUUGCAAGUGGACGAAGCUCAACGUCACUCUGAGGAUCUGCAAGAACAAUUUGCUGUCAUCGAUCGCAGAGAAAACCUGCUGAAAGCUGAAAUUGAUGAGUUGAGAUCAGCACUUGAACAAGCAGAACGUGGCCGAAAACUUGCUGAAACUGAACUUCUCGAAAGUAGCGAACGAUCCAAUCUUCUUCACACACAAAACACCGCUCUUAUCAACCAGAAACGCAAGUUGGAAGGUGAAUUGCAAAAUAUGCAAGGAGAGGUUGAAGAAUCUGUUCAAGAACAAAGAAACGCAGAAGAAAAGGCAAAGAAAGCUAUUACAGAUGCUGCAACUAUGUCUGAGGAACUUAAGAAAGAACAAGAUCUUUCAUCUCACUUGGAAAGAAUGAAGAAGAACAUGGAACAAACAGUGAAGGAUCUUCAGCAACGACUCGAUGAAGCCGAACAAGUCGCACUUAAAGGAGGAAAGAAACAAGUUCAAAAACUUGAAACUCGGGUGCGCGAACUUGAAAAUGAACUUGACACCGAACAACGUCGCAAUGGUGAAUCUGUGAAGAACCAACGUAAAUAUGAACGCAAGUUGAAGGAAGUGACAUACCAAGCAGAAGAAGACAAAAAGAAUCUGACCCGCAUCCAAGAUCUCGUUGAAAAACUACAAAUCAAGGUCAAAACAUACAAGAGACAAGCUGAAGAAGCCGAGGAACAAGCCAACCAAAACUUAUCAAAAUAUCGUAAACUGCAACACGAAUUGGAUGAUGCUGAAGAAAGAGCUGAUAUGGCAGAAUCUGCUCUCAACAAACUCAGAUCUAAAGCCCGCGAUAUGUAAAACCACUCAUAGAUUCUCAAUUUUUAUAUUAGAUUUUUCUUUACCGUAUUUCCCAGUUUUGAUAAUUUAAUACCUUUUCCAUUUUCAAGCGCUGAAUAGCUUCAAUGUAGUCACAAGUUAUGUAAUUUAUAAUGAUGCCACUCAACCUAUCUGAUUUAUUUUUAUUUUUUAUAAUUUUAAAUUUAAGUCUUUGCCUAUCCAUGCUUUUUUUGUGUACAUUUAUUACAAACACUGUUAUUGAAAUACGUUUUUCAUGUAAUCGGAUCAAUUCAUGUGAUAUGUGUUUUUGUUUUUUUAUUUUUUUUAUAAAUAUGUUAUAAUUUUCUUACUGUUUAAAACUGUGUCAAUAAACAUGACUACUACUGCAAUAUGUGUUCGAACGUUUGAUACGUGACAAAUCUGAAAUACUCUCUCUAGUUUUCCAAUUGGGUUGUUGUAAUUCAACAACUGAGCUGUUUUUAUCAAUAAAAUUUACUCGUGUUGAGGUGUUACACGUCAAA